AUGAAACCCAAACGAUCCUCGUUGGGGCGUAACCCUCUUAGCGACGCGCCACAUCGGAACCCGGAUGUGUUGUCAAAUGGGAAAGGGCCGGGCCGCCACCCCCUUGGUGGCGCGCCGUAUCUUGAUCUGGAUACAGUGAUAAGUGAGCAAGGGUUGGGUCGCUGCAUCCUUAGUGGCGCGCUGCACCGACGCCCUGGUGUAGUGAAAAAUGAGCAAGGGUCUCCGCAUUUGACUCGACGAGUGCGGAGGGUAAGGAAGUUAGCCGAGUCUAGGAGGAUACGCUUAGGUAGCUGGGACGUAGGGUCCCUGACAGGUAAGUUACGGGAGUUAGUUGAUACGACGGUGAGGAGGCGUGUUGAUGUCCUAUGUGUCCAAGAGACCAAAUGGAAGGGACAGAAGGCGAAGGAGGUGGAGGAUACCGGUUUCAAGUUGUGGUACAUGGGGACAACUUCAAACAAAAAUGGAGUAGACAUCUUGGUCAAUAAGAGCCUCAGGGAUGGAGUUGUGGACGUCAAGAGGCAAGGGGACCGGAUGAUCCUUGUCAAGCUGGUUGUUGGGGACUUAGUCCUCAAUGUUAUCAGCGCGUAUGCCCCACAAGUAGGCCACAAUGAGAGCACCAAGAGGGAGUUUUGGGAAGGCCUGGAGGACUUGGUUAGGAGGGUACCUAUUGGUGAGAAGCUCUUCAUAGGAGGAGACCUCAAUGGCCAUGUGUGUACAUCUAACACAGGUUUUGAAAGGGUGCAUGGGGGCUUUGGCAAUGGCAUCAGGAACCAAGAAGGAGAAAACGUCCUGAGCUUCGCUCUAGCCUAUGACAUGGUCGUAGCUAACUGCCUCUUUAGGAAGAGAGAAUCACAUCUAGAAACGUUCAGUAGUGGUCUACACUCUAGCCAGAUUGAUUUUGUCCUCUCUAGAAGAGAAGACAGACGCACCUGCAUUGAUUGUAAGGUGAUACCUGGAGAGAGUGUUGCCCCUCAACAUAAGCUGGUGGUUGCUGACUUUCGCUUUAGGAUCCGUGUCCAGCGGGGUAAGCGCGCCAAAGUCGCUAGAACAAAGUGGUGGAAGCUCAAGGGUGAGGCAUCCCAUGCUUUCAGGGAGAGGGUUAUUAAGGAGGGCCCUUGGGAGGAAGGAGGCGAUGCAAACAUGAUGUGGACGAGUAUGGCGACCUGCUUGCGAAAGGUCGCUGUAGAGGAGUUUGGGGUGACUAAGGGAAGUAGAAGGGAAGCUAAGGAUACAUGGUGGUGGAACGAUGAGGUCCAGAAGGUUAUUAGGGAGAAGAAGGACUAUUUCAGAUGCCUAUAUCUGGACCGGAGUGCAGCUAACAUGGAGAAGUACAAGGUGGCGAAGAAGGCUGCAAAGCGGGCGGUGAGUGAAGCAAGGGGUCGGGCGUAUGAGGACCUCUACCAACGUUUAAACACGAAGGAAGGCGAAAGGGACAUCUAUAAGAUGGCCAAGUUUAGGGAGAGCAAAACGAGGGAUCAUUAA